AAUAUGAGGGAAAAAGGCCCAAAAUAAAUAGUAAAUAUCUUACAAAACCAUCAGAGCAAGAGGUGACGAAUCACUCCCGAUCCAAGAAAGCUCCGUCUUUCCUUGCUAAUUCUUCUGAGUUCCGUUCCCUUUUUCGCUCACCUACUUACCUCGGCAAGCUUUGCAGCGUUUUGGAAGUCCAUAAAGCGUCGCCCUUUUUGGGUUGCAUUAAUUAUUUGACCAUACCUUUUUUCCGGGGAAUUGGAAAGGGGAGCCGUUGGGUGGAAUGGAUUUGGAGGCGGAGGCGCAUAAGAAGAAGCGGGAGUUGCUGGUGCUGGGUUUGGCGGAUGCGUACGGCGACGAGAUGGCGGUGCCCAAGGAGCUCGAGGUCGACAAGGACGCCCCCGCCCCCGCCGCCGUCGCGCUCCGGCUCCGUGUCGCGAUGAAGAACUUCUUUAGGAGUAGAGAAGCUGGUGAAUUUGUCAGUGGAGCAUUAGCUGGUGCCAUGACUAAAGCUGUUCUUGCACCUCUAGAGACUAUCAGAACAAGGAUGGUGGUUGGAGUUGGAUCCAAGCACAUUUCUGGAAGUUUUCUAGAGAUCAUUGAAGAGAAUGGUUGGCAAGGACUUUGGGCAGGAAAUACUGUUAACAUGCUCCGGAUUAUACCUACCCAGGCUAUUGAACUUGGUACUUUUGAGUGUGUCAAGCGGACUAUGACAUCUGUACAAGAGAAUUGGAAAGAGAAUGGAAGCCCAAAGAUACAGAUUGGUCAUAUCAAUCUAGAUUUGUCCUUCCUAUGUAUCUCUCCAGUUGCCGUCGGUGGUGCUGCUGCAGGCAUUAUGAGCACACUCGUUUGUCAUCCUCUUGAAGUUCUUAAGGAUCGUUUGACCGUGAACCGAGAAACCUACCCCAGCAUUACCCUUGCUUUGAGUAGGAUAUAUAAGAAAGAUGGAAUUGGUGGUCUGUAUGCUGGCUUAUCGCCUACAUUAAUUGGGAUGCUUCCAUACAGUACAUGCUACUAUUUCAUGUACGAUACCAUGAAGAACUCUUACUGCCAAACGAAGCAGAAGAAGUCACUGAACCGUCCAGAGAUGCUGAUUAUUGGGGCUCUUGCUGGUUUAACUGCAAGCACCAUCAGCUUUCCGCUGGAAGUUGCAAGAAAGCGGCUGAUGGUUGGAUCCCUGCACGGGAAAUGUCCGCCCCACAUGGCAGCAGCCCUGUCAGAGGUUGUCCGUGAGGAGGGCUUGAUGGGUCUCUACCGAGGUUGGGGUGCAAGCUGUUUGAAAGUCAUGCCUUCAUCAGGCAUCACAUGGAUGUUUUACGAAGCAUGGAAGGAAAUUUUGAUUGUUGACAGACCUCACCUUUGACAGAGAAAAUUAUUGUUGCCAUGAUUGUGGCAUUACUGAUUCUAUCGGCUACAGUGUGACCAAUGAAGUCAUAAUUUUCUAAUUCCACUUCUGCCAGAUUGAUACAGAAGAAGACUAGUACCAGUCUAAUGAAAGAUCUAGGAACUACCUAAUGUGAGAGGAUGAUGGUGAAAAAUCUUUAGUUGAAAUUAUCGGAUGAUGCAUAGUUAGUUUCUCAA